AUGAGUUUGUGCAAAGAUUAUAAUGAUACAUUUGUUUCUUUGUACAAACUCAAAACAUUUCAGGAAGAAGCAAUUCAAGGCGUUUAUCAAGCAAUCAAAAUUAAUAUAGUCGAAUCAAAAAUAUUAUCACCGCAGCAAAUUCUUGAACUAAUCAACAUAGCAUCCAAUUAUAAUUUUUGUUAUAUAAAAUCCUAUUUAUCAAUUGCAAAGAAGAUUUAUGAUGACUAUCAGCCAAAACAAGUUAAAAUAAGCUCAAAUAGAUUUAAGUACUUAUUCUAUAAAGAGUAUGGAAUCAUUUUUGAAGAUACAGAUUUAACACUUUUCAAAGAAUAUGAAUCGAAAAAUUAUUUUUCGUACGUUUUUGAUAAAAACACAAUAUACAACGCAAUAGCGAAUGAUGAUGUAAAACAAUUUAUUUCAUUUUCCGAAAUAGGAGAGAAUUUUGAUUAUUCUCAAAAAUUUCUAUCUGAAGAUGACAGAGGAUACGAUUUAGUUGAGUUAUGCUGUUUGUAUGCUUCUGUUAAUUGUUUUAAAUUUUUAAGGACAAAAUUCAAUGUUUCUCUCACCUCGGAAUGUCUUCAAUAUUCUUUUUUGGGUGGAAAUCCAGACAUAAUGAGUGAAUGCUUGAAAAACAGUAGACUUCAAAGUGAUUGCAUGGAAUAUGCAAUUAUUUCUCACAACAUUGACUUUGUUACUUUUCUGAUGAAUGAAUACAGAUUAGAGAUUGAUUUAGAAAUGUGUGCAAGAUACCAAAAUCUACAAGCAUUUUUAGUUUUCUUGGAUAAAACUAAGAAUAUCAACUUAUGCUUCAUUUAUUCACCCAUUUUCUCUAUCCCAUCUUUAUGUGAAUAUUUUAUUUCGCAUGGUGCUGAUGUUAACAUCGGCAGAAAUACGCUGGCUGCUAUUCAUAUGGCUGCAAUUUAUAAUUGUACACUAAUAAUCGAAUUCCUUUUUUCACAUGGAGCAGAUAUUAAUAUAAGGGAUUCUAAUGGAUACACGCCUCUUCAUUAUACAUCUCAUAUUGAUAGCAAAGAAGCAGCAGAACUUCUUAUUUCUAAUGGUAUUGAUAUUAAUGCAAAAUCUAAGCAAGGAGAGACAGCUCUUCACAUUGCAGCACAAACAAAUGCCAUAAAUACUGCUAAAAUCCUUAUUGCACAUGGUGCAAAUAUCAAUGAAAAAAAUGAUUUUGGAAAAGCUCCUCUACAUCUCUCGUCGGAAAAAGAUUAUAAGGAAAUGGUUGAUUUUUUAAUUACAAAUGGAGCUAAUAUCAAUGCUCUAGAUAAUGAUUGGUAA